AUGGUUGUGAGCAGUUGUGAGUCGCAUGAAAAUUAAGUGCAACACGUGCGUUAAUCCAUUUAAUAAAUACGAUAAAUAUUAUCCUUAGUUUGAUAAGAAUUUACAACGUAUAUUCAAAAGUAACUUAUCCUAGUUUCAGUUAAUUUAUAAAAACACUCUAAACCUUGCAAACAUUAAAUAUGGAAGUGGAUCCAAUGAAUAUUUCGGAUAAUGAAAUGGAGGAUGAAGAAGAGGAAGAUAAUGAUGAUGAAGAGGAAGAAGAAAGUUCCAAUGAAUCUAUGGACGAAGAGGAGAGUGAAGAUGAUGAAGAAUGCGAGAAUGGUGAAGAAAAAAUUUACCUUCCAGGUCAACCUUUGAAAAAAGGUGAAGACUUAGAUUAUGACAAAAGCACAUACAGAAUGUUACAUCGAGCACAAACUGGAGCGCCAUGUCUCAGUUUUGAUGUUAUCCGCGAUAAUUUGGGAACAUCAAGAGAAUCAUAUCCACUUUCAAUGUAUCUAUUAGCGGGAACGCAAGCAGCGAAAGCCCACGUUAAUAAUAUUCUUAUUAUGAAAAUAACAAAUCUAACCGGUAAAAAUGAGGACGAUAUUCAUUCUGACAAUGAAUCAAGCGAUUCAGAGAAUGAUGAUGAUAUUGAGAAAUAUCCAAAAAUGAAAUUAGCAUUAAUAAAUCAUCAGGGUUGCGUUAACAGAAUUAGAUGUACCAGAAUGAAUCAGACAACAUUAGCGGCAAGUUGGAGUGAAUUAGGACGCAUUAAUAUUUGGGAUUUGAAUGAACAAUUGAGAGCUGUUGAUGAUCCUCAAUUAUUGGAAACUUAUAGGAAAAAAUAUGAAAAAUCAGAGAAUGCUAUAAAACCACUUUUUACAUUUAAGGGACAUUUGUCAGAGGGUUACGGUCUAGAUUGGUGUCCAACGAAAGAGGGUUGUUUAGCUUCAGGCGAUUGCAAGGGUAACAUUCACAUAUGGAAUUACGGCGAAGGAAAUGAGUGGCACGUCGAUCAACGUCCCUAUAAUUCACAUGCACCACACAGUGUCGAAGAUUUACAAUGGUCACCGAGCGAAAGAAAUGUUUUAGCCUCAUGUUCAGUGGACAAAAGCAUAAAAAUCUGGGAUACGAGAGCAAAUCCACAUUCGGCAUGUAUGAUAACAGCAGGCGAAGCUCAUACGGCCGAUAUUAAUGUUAUUUCAUGGAAUCGAAAGGAAUGUCGAUUUUUAGUGUCGGGCGGCGAUGAUGGAGUUGUUUCCGUCUGGGAUUUACGACAAUUCACUAGUGGUAAACCAACACCAGUCGCAACAUUUAAACAUCAUACGGCGCCAAUUACAACAAUUGAAUGGCAUCCGGAGGACGCUUCGGUUUUUGCCUCUGGAGGCGCUGACGAUCAAAUUGCACAAUGGGAUUUAUCGUUAGAAGUCGAUAAUGAACAAUCGCAAAGUUCUGAUUUACUUAAUUUACCGCCGCAAUUACUUUUCAUUCAUCAAGGUCAAACUGACAUCAAAGAACUUCAUUGGCAUUCACAAUGUCCGGGAACACUCAUUUCAACAGCACAUUCUGGUUUUAAUAUCUUUAGGACUAUUUCUGUGUAAUAAUUGAAAAAAACAUUAUUUUUAAUAAAAGAUUUUAUAAACAAAA